AUGGAUGAAAGUAGAUCAUGGAGCGAAGAAAAACAGUUAUUUGAUACUUACCUAGAUUUCGUGAAAGGGAGACACUGGGAAAUUCUGCGGAGAGGGUUGGGAAAAUUCAAGUUUGACUAUGACAUCACCAACAUGGGAUCGACACAGACCAUGAUCUUCCUGCCGCUGAUGUUGAGCCUCGGCUUGCACCUUCAUCAUAUAGCAGCAAGCUGUCUUUCCCUUUCAGCUUUAUUCACAGUGACAGUCCCCAAGGAAGUGUACACAGUAGAGUUCAGCAGCAACGCGAGCCUGGAGUGUGAUUUUGACCUCAGUGAAUGCACGGAGCUUGGAGAAAUCAGAGCCAGCUUGCAGAAGGUAGAAAACGAUACCUCUUCGCUGAGUGAAAGAGCCACCCUGCUGGAGGAGGCGCUGCCACUAGGGAAGGCUUUGUUCCACAUCCCCAGUGUCCACUUGAGAGAUGCUGGGCAGUACCGCUGUCUGGUCAUCUGCGGGGCUGCCUGGGACUACAAGUACCUGACGGUGAAGGUCAAAGCUUCUUACAAGAAGAUAGACACUAGGAUCCUAGAGGUCCCAGGGACAGGGGAGGUGCAGCUCACCUGCCAGGCUAGAGGUUACCCACUAGCAGAAGUGUCCUGGCAAAACGUCAGUGUUCCUGCCAACACCAGCCACACCAGGACCCCUGAAGGCCUCUACCAGGUCACCAGUGUUUUGCGCCUAAAGCCCCAACCUGGCAGAAACUUCAGCUGCAUGUUCUGGAAUGCUCACAUGAAGGAGCUUACAUCAGCCAUCAUUGGCCUUCUGGGUUGGACUGAACCCAAGGUCCCCAGAACAUCACCACUUCAUGUUCUCAUCCCGUUUUGCAUCAUUGCUUUAAUCUUCAUAGCCGCAGUGAUAGCCCUGAGGAAGAAGCUCUGUGGAAAGCUGUAUUCUAGACAUAGGUGUUUACAUUCGCUGGGCAAAGGUCUCCUUGCCAGAGCAGAUCCCCAUAAAGAUCACAUCAAACUGUCAUGGCUGAAGAGAUAG